AUGUCUAUGACCUGGGGCAACUGUGAGCUGUUUUUAUCCACACUCCCCCCUGCCCCCUGCCCCAGGCUGAUUGUCCAGCAGGUGCUUCAAGAACUUCGGCAGUACCAUGGGGCUCGGCAGAGGUCUCGCUUGUCAACCAGCCCCGGAGGAGCCCACGCAAACCUCACCUGGUUUGAGUUCCUGUCUGAGAGCGAGGAUGGCACCAGCAAGAUUGAGCGGAGUAACAGGAGCACCAGGGUGAAGCGCAGACUGAGCUCCCUACGUUGUCGGGUCACCAGGCAGAAGGAGAAGGGGAAGAGCCCAGUGCUUCUAAAGGACAAGGGUCAGGAUGCUACAGAGAGAAAAGAAUGUAUCAACGGGCACCAGCUGGCGCAAGGAACCUUCCUUUGCCACUCCAGCUGCCCCCUGUGUGGCAAACCCUUUCUAAGCUCUGGUGGAUGCUGA